AUUGAUUCAUUAGUUCGCAGUCGCGUCAACAAAGGCCUCGGCAGGGGGAGGACGGCCGCGCUCUCGGUUUUGGAGACCGCGCGCGUAUGGAUCUCGCGCGCUCACGUGCACACGCCCGGUGGAGCAACCGGCCGAGCUUCGCACGCGCGCUCACGCUCACGGCCUCAGGUGGCUGACGGUUGCUUGCUUUUUCCACACCAACCGUGACACACAACUACAAGGAGCUCGAGCAGCUGGGAUCCGCGAGCGGAAGCGGAGCGCCUCGUUUUGCUGUGCUCUCGCCCGGGCACAGGACGACUUUUGUGGGGCGGGGGAGUUCUUUUUGCCGCGAUACCUUGCAACUCGCCCAACGGUGGAGGGAAGAUAGGAAGACGCCGAAUUUGUUUUACUUCCGUAUGAAGAUGGCGUCAAGUGACUCGCGCCUCCAACAGCUGCCGUCCCAGAAGGAUGCGGCUGACCAGAACUUUGACUACAUGUUCAAACUGCUGAUCAUCGGCAACAGCAGCGUGGGGAAAACGUCUUUCCUCUUCCGCUACGCAGACGACUCCUUCACCUCAGCCUUCGUCAGCACCGUGGGCAUUGACUUCAAAGUCAAGACCGUCUUCCCUGCAUUAUUGGAGCCUGAUGACACAGCAGGACAAGAGCGCUAUCGGACCAUCACCACAGCCUACUACAGAGGCGCCAUGGGCUUCUUGCUCAUGUAUGACAUCACCAACCAGGAGUCCUUCAAUGCAGUUCAGGACUGGGCUACACAGAUUAAGACAUACUCGUGGGACAACGCUCAGGUGAUCCUAAUUGGUAACAAGUGUGACCUAGAGGAUGACAGGCUCAUACCAACCGAAGACGGCCAGCGUCUGGCGGAGGACCUCGGUUUCCAGUUCUUCGAAGCCAGCGCGAAGGACAACAUCAAUGUCAAGCAGGUGUUUGAGCGCCUCGUGGAUGUCAUCUGUGACAAGAUGAACGAGAGCAUGGAGGGAGACAUGAGCAUACUGCCCAACCACAGGAACCAGGGCCUGAAAGACUCGUCUUCCGACAGCCAAGGCAGCUGCGCUUGCUAAACCGCCCGCUCGCAUGCGUGUGCGCGUGUGAGCACACACACACACACAGUACUGCUAAUCUAUAUCUCUGUGCCUCAACUCUGGGAAUCGCUGCUCCUCAUCCUGCAUUCACUGUAGCUACGCCCAACACAAUAGGCAGAAAGUUGAGAUAAUCCUCGUGACUGUUAGUCCCUCUUUCCUCCUCAGACAAGGCCUCGCGGCUCACUUUCUUUUGAAGCCAACUCUGCAACCAUCAUCGAGCACUUUGGCCCACUUAAAUAUUAAAGUUCCGUGGUAAUCUUGAUAUAAUUACAUAUAAAAUGUAAUGAGAUAUCUGCAUAUGUUAUUGCAGUGCUGAUAUAGCUCAAUUUUUAUCUAGCAUUUUUAUUCUUGGAUUUGUGUGUGUGUGGGGGGGGGGUGUUGAGUCUGUUUGUAAUUUAGCUAAAUAGGCGACCUCAUGUAUUAGAAACGCCUCAACGUGAUGCCGUGCAGGAACUAUUCAGCUCCUGAAUCACUACCAUUUCCAAAAUUAUAAAGAGUUCAAGUCUA